AUGGAUGUUAUUGGAUCCAUUAAACCCGCAGCUUCAAAUGGCCACCGAUUCAUUUUAGUUGCCAUUGACUACUUCACCAAAUGGGUGAAAGCAACGUCCCACAAGUUAAUAACAAAGAAAGUGGUAGCUAACUUCGUGCGAAACAUCAUAUGCCAGUUCGGUAUACCCGAAUCCAUCAUAAUAGAUAAUGGAGAAAAUCUAAAUAGCCAUAUGAUGAAGGAUAUCUAUGAGCAAUUCAAGAUCACUCACCGAAACUCGACAGCCUACCGGCCACAAAUGAACGAAGCCGUAGAAGCAACCAACAAGAAUAUCAAGAGGAUAUUGAGGAAAAUGACUGACAACUAUAAAGGUUGGCAUGAGAAGUUGUCUCAUGCCUUAUUGGGAUACCGUACUACUGCUAGAACUUUAACAGGAGCAACUCUUAAUUUGUUAGUCUACGGUACUAAAGCAGUCAUACCUGCCGAAGUUGAGAUACCUUCUUUGAGAAUUAUUCAAGAAGCAGAAUUGGACAAUGCUGAAUGGGUCCGAGCUCGAUAUGAGCAAUAG